UUGUGAUCUCUGUUUGAGAGGAUGCCCGGGAUGAGAUGGCAGACUCAUCAUGUGGAGGUAGAACUUGCUUCAGACUCUGACUUUGCUGCUAAUGAAAUAAGUGGUCUUUGCAUUAUCACUCUGGAUCCCCAUCUGAAAAAAAGGAUAUGAAUGUUACCGGGAUGUUGUGAGGAAAGCACCUUGUUAGAGGGCAGUCCUUUUAGAGAAAUGAGUUGUUAUGUUGAUAUCAGUAACAAUAAGUAAGGGGCAGAGGCUCUGCUGGAACAGCAGGGAUACCAAAGAGGGUUCGUUGGUCCUGCCCAGCCAGCACUGUUUUUGCACCUUCGUGUGGCUUAGCACAACUUCAAGAUGCUUUUUUGUGGCAGACCAAUGAAGAGGGUUAUGUGUGUUCAUCCCAGGCCUCAGAACACCACAGCAUAAGUUCUCAGAGGGAGGCAGGGGAGUAGUGAAAGCCCUUCACCCUAACUCAGAUUGGAGUAAGGGCUAGAGACCCUUCCUCCUGGCAGAGGGGUGAAGUUCUUCAGGUCAGCUAGCUGCCUGUAAGGCUCUCUUGGGUCUGUUUGCAAAGGGCCACAGAUUGGAGUGCAUCCCUAAGAGAGUCAUAUGCUACCCCUCGGGCUGGAGCCCAGAGGUCACCUAGAGCCUGAUCUGGUGGGGUAGAACCUGGCAGUGAUGACAGACCCAGGGCAGCUCUGCUAGUGGACACCUGGGGAGGGGAGAUGGGAGAUGCCUGGAGAAAUACCCCAAAAGCAACAUGAGGCAGCUCACUCUCCAUUCUCUCUUCACUAUGAAAGUUAUUCUUUUCCCUCCAGUAGUCUGAGUCUAGGAGUCAGUAGUUUUCCAUUAGUUUAUGAGAGAUUAAGGAAGAUUUUGUCACUGCCUUCCUGCUUUUUGGUUAAAUUAGAGACUUUGUUACUUGAGUUCUGGGAUUCACCUGGUCAGCCCUAAAUGGGGUCUCCAACCAGGCACAGCUUUUCCACAGACAAGUGAACUUGAGUGUGAGAAUCCCCAGGGAGAAGUGAGAGAUCCAGGUUUUAUAACACUCCAAAAUGAUCCCAGGGAGACAAUCACAACGAGUAGGACUCUGCUAUGACUCUGCACUGGCAGUGUAGGCUAUAAUAAGUUUUUCUUAAUUAAUGAGCCAACAUAGACCAAAGAAAAACAGUCACUUUCUCCAGUCAUGUUUUUAUUACUUAGAUAACUUAAAUCCAUGCUUGCCCCACCUCCAAUAGUGCAGAUCAAAACUUUUGUCCUUGUCUUGUUUGAUUUUUGUCUGUCUUUGCAUGCAUUCUCCAUAUUCAGCCAUAUUGUUGGGAGAGGGAGAGGCUUCUUUUAUCUUAUUUCUGUUUCAGGGCCUGUCCAUCUAUAAUCCCAUCCUCAGACUCCAUGCCCUUCAUUCUCAGUUAUGUGUGUCUGUGAUGAGUUUAUAUUCUUAUUAAGUUUAAAAAUAGAAACCCUUCUAUUUUAAUUUCUGUUCUUCUGUUUUAGCCCACUUGAAAUGGCUUCUUGGCCUGAGCCUGAAAUUGCCUGGUACAAAUCAAACUAACUUAAUGAAGGAGUCAUUGUUCUCUGACUUUUCUCAUCCGUCCUCAAGCCCAUCCAGACUGUUCUUUGAUAACAAUGUAGCUUAAUAUUGGGCUGUGGUUGGAGAUAGAUAUUUCAUCUACUAAAUUAAGUUAAAACUGUUACCAUUUUUGCUAUGGUUCAAUUACCAGGGUUAUAAAUCAAAUGCUUGAUUGGUAUGAUUGUAGGCCAGUUGUUUUAGGAUAAUGUGAAGAGAGUAACUGCAAAUGAAUUUGAAAUUGAUUUUAAAAGUCGUGUUGCAAACAACAUUCUUAAAAGUCUAGUCAUUUUGAAUUGAGCCCUAGCAGCUGUCCUGACCACCAAAUGAUACCAAAGACAAUUCUGUGGGGUAUGUAUCUCUAAAAGUACAAAUUGUAAUGAAUCAUUUCAUAUGAAUGAGCAAUUUAUUUUCUACCAACUCAGUGCCUAGAAUUGCUAUUAAAUGUAGGUUUGAGUAGAAAAGCACCUGGUAGUGAAUACCCUCAGACCAUUUUUAUCUUUCACUUCUGAAAUGUUUCCUACAAAACUGAACACAGUCCCUCAUGAAGAGGAAAAUUAUCAGCAGUCACAGGCUGGCUCUUCCUUGCCCAUUAUCUUUCUCACCGUUUGUUUGAGGACAAUUUAAAUCAGAGACUUAGAUGCUCCUUGAGAUUCCCUAUGAGAUAAGGCAUUGAUACAAAAAGUUGCAAAAUAUUUCCAUUUUAACUUGUUUUCAUUUCAUUCAUUCAUUCAACAAACAUUCACUGAGGGAUAGUACUGUGCUAUGGAAUGACCUGGUUUCGAAUCCUGGCUCUGCUCCCUAUUUCUUGCCUAGCUCUGGCAGGUGAACCAUGUUAUUAGCCCAGAUAAACCGAGAUUCUCAGGGAAUGACUGAGUUUCCUGGAGGGGGAAUGGAGGCUCAGCACGUCACACUUUGCCUGACAGAGGCAGUGACUGUGGCAGAUGGUGACAAUCUGGAAAACAUGGAAGCUGUCAGCUUGCAAGCAGUGACCCUUGCAGAUGGUUCCACAGCUUACAUACAACACAAUUCCAAAGAUGGAAAACUCAUGGAUGGUCAGGUCAUUCAGCUAGAGGAUGGUUCUGCUGCCUAUGUCCAACAUCUUCCCAUACCUAAGAGUACAGGGGACAGUUUGCGUCUGGAAGAUGGACAGGCUGUUCAGUUGGAAGAUGGAACUACAGCCUUUAUUCAUCAUACCUCCAAAGACAGUUAUGACCAGAGUGCACUACAAGCCGUCCAGCUGGAAGAUGGCACCACGGCCUACAUUCACCACACUGUACAGGUUCCCCAGUCUGACACCAUCUUAGCUAUUCAGUCAGACGGCACUGUGGCAGGCCUACACACAGGGGACGCCACCAUCGACCCUGAUACCAUAAGUGCUUUGGAACAGUAUGCAGCAAAGGUGUCUAUUGAUGGCAGUGACAGUGUAACUGGUGCUGGGAUAAUAAGUGAAAAUGAACAGGAAAAGAAAAUGCAGAUUGUGUUACACGGACAUGGGACGAGAGUCACAGCCAAGUCCCAACAAAGCGGAGAGAAGGCCUUUCGGUGUGACUAUGAUGGGUGUGGAAAACUCUACACGACCGCUCACCAUCUGAAGGUCCAUGAAAGGUCACACACAGGGGACCGGCCGUACCAGUGUGAGCAUCCUGGCUGUGGGAAGGCCUUUGCCACAGGUUAUGGAUUAAAAAGUCACGUCAGAACCCACACAGGAGAAAAGCCAUAUCGGUGUUCAGAAGAUAAUUGUACGAAGUCUUUUAAAACAUCAGGCGACCUACAGAAACACAUUCGCACUCACACAGGUGAACGGCCCUUUAAGUGUCCCUUUGAAGGAUGUGGCAGGUCCUUUACUACAUCAAACAUUAGGAAAGUUCACAUUAGGACACAUACAGGAGAAAGACCCUAUUACUGCACAGAGCCAGGAUGCGGGAGGGCGUUCGCCAGCGCAACGAAUUACAAGAAUCAUGUGCGGAUACACACAGGGGAGAAGCCAUAUGUCUGUACAGUCCCCGGGUGUGAUAAGCGAUUCACAGAAUAUUCCAGUUUGUACAAACACCAUGUUGUUCACACUCACUCCAAACCAUACAUCUGCAAUCACUGUGGGAAAACGUAUAAGCAGAUCUCCACCUUAGCAAUGCACAAGCGAACAGCUCACAAUGACACAGAGCCAGUCGAGGAGGAGCAAGAGGCCUUCUUCGAGCCCCCACCAGGUCAAGGUGAGGAUGUCCUCAAAGGUCCACAGAUAACUUAUGUUACAGGUGUAGAAGGGGAAGAUGUUGUGUCUGCACAAGUAGCUACAGUAACUCAAUCUGGAUUGAGCCAGCAAGUAACACUCAUAUCCCAGGAUGGGACCCAACAUGUCAACAUAUCUCAGGCAGACAUGCAAGCCAUUGGCAAUACCAUCACAAUGGUGACGCAAGAUGGCACCCCAAUCACGGUUCCCGCUCAUGAUGCGGUUAUCUCUUCAGCAGGAACACACUCUGUAGCCAUGGUUACUGCCGAGGGGACAGAAGGACAGCAGGUUGCAAUAGUGGCUCAGGACUUGGCGGCAUUCCACACGGCCUCUUCAGACAUGACGCAUCAGCCCCACGGGCACCAUCUGGUGACUACAGAAGCCCGGCCGCUGACGUUAGUGGCCACGUCCAGUGGAACACAAAUCGCAGUGCAGCUUGGAGAACAGCAGUCUCUGGAAGAAGCCAUCAGAAUAGCAUCCAGAAUCCAACAAGGAGAGACACCUGGCUUGGAUGAUUGACUGGGCCUUGGGACCCUCAGCAGGAGAGCGGUUCAUUUUCAGACGACAGAGACCCUGCGGCCAGACUCCGAGAACGCUCGGAGGUUGCCCAUUCCCUGAUGCUCUGCACACAGUUUUAUGCAUAAGUGGACGACGUCUUGCAAGGGACACUUGAAACAGAUGGGUUGGACUGGGUGACCACUAAGGUCGCUUCCAGCUCUGCAGAUCGGCAGCUCUCGGUUUCCAGCCUGACCCCAUGUGUGUGCAGAAAUAGAAAAUUAGGACUAGGUGGUAGCUUUUCCUGUUGUUACUCUUACCAACUCUCAGACGGCUGAAGUCUGCCUGCAGGGCCCGUGCAGCUGUAGAGUUCAGCCCCAGGAUGAAUUUUAACUUGAAGUCCAUGAUCAAGGCUGUUCAGACACUUUCUGAUGUCUGAAAGGUCCUUACAAUCAUAAUUCCAGAAGCCAUUUCAAAUAACAAAAGGAUGCAAAGCCUUUAAAUAUGUUCCUCAAUUAGUAGGGACCCUGCAAUUUGGGCUCUACCUUUCUCCAUUUUGAUUUCUGUCCCAGGUAGCUGGAUGACUGUUGUCUCCCCUGUCCCUGUUAGAUACAGCCUAUUCAGCUAAUUCCAUUAGCUUCACAUUAGAUUAUGUAAAAACCGAAAAGCUUUGGUUGUUCAGAAUUAAAAGGUUAAAUACAAUACUUUGGUUUCCUUAAAGGUUUUACCUUCUGAGUUUGAUUUUGGUUUGGUUUGGUCUUUAAUAAUUCCAAUUAUGAUCAAGAAAAAUGUGACCACGUUGUCCAGGGAAGAAGGCAGGGCCAUGAUCUGAAGUGAAUUGACUCUGGGAAUGAGUUCAGUGUAACCUAUUUAUUUUUGUUUAACAUGUGUUAUAUCCUUGUUCCAAAGUUUAUUUAUCCUGUAGCUCAUUUUUAAUUGAAUCUAGUAGUUCAAUAAAUGAUCAUUUACUUUUA